AUGGCUCCAAAGAACAAGUAUACAAAUAUCGUCCUCUUUGGGCAGGCCGGGGCAGGAAAAAGCUCACUCGUCAAUCUCACGGUGGGAAAGGACAUGGCAACCACAUCCAAUGACAUGAAACUCAGCACGAUGCACUGGCAAGAAUAUCCCAUCGAAUUUGAUGGCGAGUCUUAUAAGGUGUUCGAUACCGUUGGACUCGAGGAACCACAGCUAGGAAUUCCUCAAUUCCUCGAUGCUAUCGAGAAUGCCUAUAAGCUCAUCCAGGAUUUGGAGAAACAAGGGGGUAUUGAUCUGCUUCUGCUCUGCAUGCGCGCAGGCAGACUCACUUCUACGCUUCAAAACAAUUACUGGCUCUUUCACGAAUUUCUCUGUGACAAGAAGGUACCCAUCAUUGUAGUGAUCACGUACCUCGAAAACGAGGCCGGAGAAAUGGACGACUGGUGGAAGAGAAACGAAGAAAUCUUCCAUCGCCAGGAGGUCCAUGUUGCUGGUCAUGCGUGCAUCACCGCCAUCGCAGGCAAUUCUCCCCAUCGGCAUGAGGAAUCGCGUACCACGAUUCGCAACCUUUUCAAGGAGUUCGCUGCCGACGAGCAGAAGCAAGCAUGGAUAGGAGGAGACAGCCUGUUCGUGUCGUUUAUGCGUAAGCUGAAGGACCUACUUGUGGGGAAUGGGAAAUCUGCCAGGGAGGAUAUGGUCUCUCGCCUCACCAAGCGUUGCGGUAUGUCUCGAGAUGUCGCAGAAAAGUUAGCUGAUCGGAUCAAGCCGUGGUAGAAGGAGCUAUUUGACUUACCGUGUUCGAUCAAUCAUGCUCGU